UGUAAUAGUUGAUUUUUUCAUUCAAUAUUCAGAAAGCACUUUCAUCUCUUUCUCUCGAUUCACAUGAGUAUCAAUUUCAACAUGGUAUCAGAAGUUUUUUUCUUCCGCGAUUUCGUUGAUUGAUUCGUCGAUUGGAUGAUCAAUUCCUUCGUUUCUUCUUCUUCUUCCUUCGAUUGUGUCUUGCUGCGAUUGAUUCGUUGGUCGAUGCAAUCGUUUCUUCUUCUUUGAUUUGAUUUGUGUCCUGUUGCUUGAUUGCAUCUCGUUGCUUGAUUCGGAUUGUUUUGUUUCUCUGAUUUCAUCGUUUUCUUCUCUGAUUUCUUCUCAUGGAGAACCCUAGCAGCGUCUAUUACCUUCAUCCAUCAGAAAAUCCAGGUCUGGUGUUGGUUUCACAACCGCUAAACAGUGACAAUUACAAUUCCUAGCGCAGAGCUAUGCGCAUGGCACUGAUUGGAAAAAACAAGCUUGGAUUCGUUGAUGGAACGAUUCCGAUGCCUGCAAUUGAUGAUCCUCUCUAUCGGCUUUGGGAGCGGAACAACAACAUGGUUGCGUCCUGGUUGUUCAAUUCGAUUUCGAAGGAACUCACAGCUAGCGUGAUCUAUUCCACAACAGCGGUGGAAAUCUGGACAGAUUUGGAAGAACGGUUUCAGCAGCAGAAUGGUCCUCGUGUUUUCCAACUCAGAAGGCAACUUCUAGGUCUGACACAUGGAACUCAAUCUGUCAGUCAGUAUUACACUAAGGUGAAAGCAAUCUGGGAAGAGCUUGGUGAAUAUCGCCCUACAAUCAAUUGUCAGUGCGGAGGUCUUCAACCUUUCUCUGAUUAUCUGCAAAAAGAGUAUGUCAUGAGCUUUCUCAUGGGAUUGAAUGAGUCUUUUUCUCAAAUUCGUGGUCAAAUCCUCCUGCAAGAUCCAAUUCCAUCAAUCAAUAAGGUUUUUUCUCUAAUUGUGCAAGAAGAGAAGCAGCGUGAGAUUGGAUCUUCAAGUUCUAUGGGCACAGAUCAGAGUGCUGCAUUUGCUGUGCAGAAUUCUUCUCAGUCUUCUUAUGGUCGAUCUGGUGCACAAGGAAACUAUGAUAACAAAGGAAAGGCAGAUCCAAGAGGGAACAAGAAUCGUCCUCUCUGUUCUCACUGUGGCCUUCUUGGUCACAUGAAGGACAAGUGCUACAAGUUGAUUGGUUAUCCACCUCAUUACAAUAAAAAUCAGGCAAGAAGUUAUCCAUCUGCACAUCAGGUCUCAGAUGUUUCUCAUGGUGAUUCUCAAACCAUUGGUGAGCUCAGCACCAGUUUGACACAACAACAAUACCAGCAAUUGUUGACUAUGCUGCAAUCUCAGAUGAAUUUAGCUGCUGCUUCUGCCUCAAAGAAACCAUCACCUGCUAAUUCAGUUGGACUUUGAAAAACAAGAAGGGUUGCAACAUCCCAUUACUCACGUGGCAUUUGACAAAGCCCCUGCUUCCAUUGGUGGCGAGUACCUCUUCUUGAGAAGCUUCUGCUCUUGAAAUCCUUCUUGAACACGUACACUUCUCAUGCACUUGGUGAUGUGUCUGCAUGCACUGCUAUGAAUUUGGCUGAGUAAGUUAUGUGCUGUCAAGCAUGCAGCCCAUAACUAUGGGAUCAGUUGCAAGGUUGACUACCGAUACCUGCAGCUCUUCCUUCGCGUUCAUAAGCACUAUGCUUAAUGCUUGCAAUGCUGAUCACACUGCAGUUCAACAUGGCAUUGGAAUUUCACAGAUCAGAACAAGAUUAGGGAGAGAAAGCGGAUUUGGUAGGCUUAGCAUCGAUGCGUCUGAGGUCUGAUAUAUAGCAAAGAUAAAGCAUCGAGAAAUGGAGGCUGCAGAAUGCCAUAGCAGGUUGUUCAUGAAGUUGAAUCUUGGCGCCUUGGAUAUGCUCACAGAGUUUGACAAGGAUACUUUAUUAAAAUCUUAUCUUUCAAUUAAAGUAAGCCACAACCAGUAGAAGAGGCUACAUAAGUACUUCUUAAGGAAGUGUAAGUUUGUCCUUUGUUACAAGGUGGGACAGCUCGUGAUUAUUGGCUUGAUAGUGUGAGAUGGUGCCGUGUUUCAACUGCUGGAUAUUGGCCUUGGCUUGUUGCUCUUUGUCUCGUUGGUUUUUUUAUUGGCUUAAUUGCAGUUUUCCUCCCUCAUGUUUCACCGUUGUGCGAAGUUCCUCCCCCAUGUUUAAAAGGAGCAGAUUCGCUCCCUCAUGUUUCAAAAUGUGCAGAUUCGAUCCUUCCGUUAGUUUGCCGUCUGAAAGCUAACGGCAGAUGCUGACCUGGCUUCCUUUUCACACCCCCCCUUGCAUACCACCCCUAUUUUUUAAAAGAAAAACACGAAAAAUAAAUAUAAAUGAAAAUAUGCUAAACCUAAAUCCCCAAAUCAGACUUCAUAAGCCUUCACCAAAAUUAGAAACCCUCUUUGUGCGAUUUCCCUCCUCCAUUUUUCCCCUCAAUCUCUAAAGUCCAUUGAUCUCUUCACCCAAACUGCUCAAUCGCACGGUUCUUCGUUGAGAUUCCCUUCAAUGGCUGGUGGUCCCAGGCGUGGAGGUAGAGGGCGACAACGACGAGGCAACGACAAGGGAAAGGAGCCUGUCGGUGAACAAAGCACACGUGAGGGGAAGGGAAAAGAGCCUGUCGUUCAAGAACCUGUCGAGGGAGAAGGAAAGGAGCCCGUGCUCGAAGGGUGGCAGUUGUUUGGAGCCGACGAUAUUCCAAACCAUUUCCGAUUUAGGCCUACUGUUGUGAGUAAAUUGACAUUGAUUAUUUGGCAUAAAGGUCAUUUUGUGUUUGAGCCUACAUGUGCGUAUGUUGAAGGGGAGUCUGAAAUAUUGCCAGGUUGGGAUCCAGAUCAAAUAAAUUCAAUAGAAGUAGACAAGAUAGUGACAGCACAUUUAGGGUAUGCUUCAUAUAAGUGUUUGUGGUAUAGGGCUCCUACUUUAGGGUUGUUUGAUGGCCGCAAACCACUUAGGGAUGAUGGAGAUGUUCAUCAAUUUCUGAGUGAUGUCAAGGGUUUCUCUGAAGUUGAGUUUUAUGUUGAGCACUUGGAAGAAACUGGAGUACAAACUGGUGAAUUGCAGAAAGGGACACAGAUAUUUGUGGAGGACAUUGACUCUGAAACAGAGUCUGCUUUUGUGAGUGUAGCAAGGGAGGCAGAGGCUGAGAUUGACAGUCUUGCAAGGGGGGUGAGUGAGGUAAGGGCGGUGUCUGAAGUUGUGAGUGAAGAGAGUGUGGUGCACGAGGGUGUGAGUGAAAAGAGAGUGCUGCCUGAGGGUGUGAGAGAGGAGGUUGUGGUGCAUGGGGGUGUGAGUGAACAGAGGACUGUGUCUGAGGUUGUGAGUGAACAGGGGGUACAACAAAAUAUUGUUAGCCUGACUGGGGAGCACAUAUCAGAUGAUGACAGCUUGGAUGAUGAUUAUGAAGCACUGAGUGGGGAAGAAGAAUCUGAUGAUGUGAGCCUUGAUGACUCAGACUUUGAUGAGAGAUGGGAGUGGACUACUGUUUUGCCAACUGGAGAUGUUGAAGCUGUAACUAGUUUGCUUGGUUCACAAAACCCCAAUUCUACCAACUAUGAUAGUUUUGAAGAUGAGUAUGGAGACUCUUCAGACCUAGAUACUCCACCUGGAAGUGAUUCAGAUACUGAGGAGAGACCCAAGUUUCCUAAGUUCAAGCAAAAGGAAGAUGAUUCUGAAGUCAGGUUUGAGGUAGGUCAGAUAUUUAGUUCUGCUGCUCUUCUUAAGAAUGCAGUGAAGGAUUAUGCCUUGCAGAAUAAGAAGAAUGUUUAUUUGGAAAAAAAUGAUCCAAAAAGGGUUGUAGUUAAAUGUACUGAGGAAUGUGUAUUCUAUCUUAGGGCAUCUAAGUACAAGCAGAACACAUACUUUCAGAUUGUCACAUUAUAUGAUGAGCAUACAUGUGUAAGGACCAGCAAGAAUAGGCAAGCUAAGACCAAGUGGAUAGCAAAGAAGUUUGUGUCUAUGCUAAGACACACACCUUCCUUGAAGGUAGGUGCUUUGGUAGAGGAGGCAAAGAUAAGGUGGGGGGUUGUGUUGUCUAGAUUUCAAGCUUAG